AUGUCUCCAUACAAGUUGGUGUUUGGAAAAGCAUUCCAUCUUCAGGUGGAGCUUGAGCAUAAAUCCUUAUGGGCACUGCGGCAGUUGAACUUGGAUAUGGAAACCGUAGGCACAAGUAGAGUCACAGAGCUACAAGAAAUCGAGGAAUUCCGAUUCUAUGCAUUCGAGAAUGCAAGAUUGUACAAAGAGAGUAUGAAGAUGAUGCAUGAUAAGCACAUUCAAUAUCUGAACUUCAAACCCGGAGAUCUAGUGUUGUUAUACAACUCGAGAUUAAGAUUGUUUCUGGGUAAGCUAAAAUCUAGAUGGUCAGGACCAUUUAGAGUUGUGCAAGUAUUCUCAAGUGGAGUAGCAGAAAUUGAGUCCAAAGAAGGAACAAAUAGGUUUAAAGUGAAUGGGAAAAGGUUGAAACACUACCUUGGAAUGGUUGAAGAAAAAGGGAAAAAAGUUGUGAUGUCUUUGGAAGAGCCCCAAUAUGUGAGCGAAGUGCAAUCAUGA